AUUUCAAGUUCGUUAGUGCUUAUAAACCAGUAUCGCUAAUUCGAAAUUAAGGUAUACGGAAAAGGAAACACUGAGGCAAAAGCUAAGAAAAAGCAAGUGAUUUGUUUCACUGAAGCGAGUGCUUAACGCAAAAAUAUUAUAUUAUUUUCCAAAACAGUUUUGAAAAGUCCUUCAAACAAAUUUAGCGUGAGCAAUUUCCUGAAUUUCCUUGCCACGCCCACUAACAUUAUCAACAUUGCGCCCAUUUGGAUUAUGGGCAUAUCCGAGGACGUCAAGCUGGACGACCUACCGCAAGAAGCCAAAUUAGCACAUCAGGAUGCCAUGCCUGAUCGUUCGGCCUCGUGCAUUGUGACGACCGGCGCUAGCGGCGGCACGAACAGUCCCAUAUCGGACACGAAUAGCGAUGGCGACUUGGACGAUUAUGCGCCGAAACGUAAGCAGCGUCGCUAUCGCACCACAUUCACCAGUUUUCAAUUGGAGGAGUUGGAGAAGGCCUUCUCGCGCACACACUACCCGGAUGUUUUUACCAGAGAGGAAUUAGCCAUGAAAAUUGGCCUAACCGAGGCGCGCAUACAGGUUUGGUUUCAGAAUCGUCGCGCCAAGUGGCGUAAACAAGAGAAGGUGGGGCCGCAAUCACAUCCGUACAACCCGUAUUUGCCCAGUGGGCCGGGCGCCAUGCAAGCCGUCGUCGGUCCAACAUUGCCGCCGAACCCGUUCACGCAUCUGGGCUUCAAUUUGCGCAAACCAUUUGAUGCGCCGGCUAAUUUGGCCGCCUUUCGUUAUCCACACCUGUCGGCGGCGCCAAUGUUGCCAUCCGGAUUUUACAAUCAAUUUCAAAGAACUCCACCACAUCUACUACCCGGCAUGGCCAGCAUGUACUCACCGACCACAUCCUUCCAAACGCUGUUGGCCAAUAUGACUGCUGUGCCGCGUCCACCACCAGCACCGGCACAACUCAGCAUCGCCGCCGUCAAGCCACCAAUGAUGAUUUCAUCCCCCGAAUUGCAUUCGCCCAAUCACCUCAUCGCUUCACCGCCCAUCUCACCCACCGCCAUGACAAUGCAAUCAAUGGCACCACCAGCAGUGGCACACUCACACACACAACACCAACAGCAAGGACAAUCAUCGCCGGGGCUCAACAUGUCAAUGCUGCAUCAAGCGCCGCCAGCACCGCCGCCACAGCAAACGGCAGCGCCAAGCCACACACAGUCACCGCUACAGUUGGCACACUCACCAACACAACAUCAGUCAUCAGCGUCCACUUCGGCCGUGGCCGCAGCGCUGGUACAAGUGCCACGCACCGGCACGCCACCCGAAGAUCGGCGCACCUCAUCCAUUGCGGCGUUGCGUCUGAAGGCGCGCGAGCAUGAGCUCAAGCUGGAGCUGUUGCGCCAAAAUGGGCACGGCGAUGUGCUCAGCUAGUUAAAGCUGCAGUUGUUGCUGGCAAUGUUGGUGAAGUAUGGGAGCGGAUUGGCAGGUGGAAUGAAGGGAAGCAGGGAAAUGGUGGAGAAUUUCAGCUCAAAUCAGCGCGUAUGCGGGAAGAAUGUCCACAACUUCCUUGGUAUUAAAAUGUAUUAAAAUUAUAUUUUAUUUUUAGUUUAAUUUUUAUUUGGAUUGUGGUUUGUCGGCCGUUUGUAUGUAGUUGUUUUAAAUUAUUAUUUUCUCCAGUAUAAUAACUAUAUAUAUAAAUAUAUCCAAAUAAAUAUGCAAAAUUAGUACCAGUGCGCUCAAUAAAGCAGUUUUGACAUAGUCGCAUAUAGCAAAUAGUAUUUAUAUGCAACAAUAUAUACACCUGUAGUUAGUUACUUACGUAUUCCAUUAGAAAUUUAUGAAAUUUGUUUAGUUUUUGAAAAUUAAAUUUUAUUGAAAAUAUGUAAAAAGUUAUGCUAGCGUAAUAAAAUGGGUUUGUGAUAUUCACAAACUGUUUAAAUAUGUGAGUAUUUAAAUAAAAAUUAUAAAAUUGUUUGAUUUACUUUAUGGCAUAUUCAAUUUUGAUGCGUGACCCUGUAAAAUCAUUCACCUCAAGUGACGUUGUUGUUUUUUAAAAGUCAACACCAAAAUGUAACAAACUCUCCGAAACACUAGGCGCUCAUAAACACACCGUAAGCCAACAAGCAAGAACAAAUAUCACAAUUAAAUGAGUUGUUGCAUUGCUUAGCUUUGCGAAUUGUAUUUGUUUUGUGCUCUGCAUUCUUGUUGUCACUCUGAGUACUGUGCGCAAUAACACUGCAAAUAUAACUGCGCUUGCAUGCUUGCAGUGGAACAAAUGGCAAUUGAAACGCAUGUGUUUGGCAUUUCACUGGAAAUUAUAUGCAUUUAGUAUUUAUUGACUGCUACUGCAUGACCUCACUAUGAUUUCUCGUCACCUGGGCGUUUGUCAAUAUUCGAUUAUUGCUGUCUGGGAUAAUUUUUUUCGCCUAAUCCGAUGAUC